AUGGGAUUCUUGAAGAAUAUCCUUCUGGCGUCAGCCCUGAUUUUGGGCGUAAGCGCAUUGCCGGGGGACCACCAUAAGCGACAGACAAUUACUUCGAGCCAAACAGGAACAAACAAUGGAUACUACUACUCGUUCUGGACCAACGGAGGUGGCUCGGUAGAAUACACCAAUGGGAACGGAGGCGAGUACAGCGUCAGAUGGGAAAAUUGCGGCGACUUCACUUCAGGCAAAGGCUGGGCUACUGGCAGUGACCGCGAUAUUACAUUCUCUGGAUCCUUCAAUCCUUCCGGGAACGCCUAUCUUGCUAUUUAUGGGUGGACCACCGGCCCUCUAGUCGAGUACUAUAUCCUCGAGAACUAUGGGGAUUACAAUCCCGGCAACUCGAUGACGCACAAGGGUACAGUCACCAGUGAUGGCUCCGUCUACGAUAUCUACGAGCACCAGCAAGUCAACCAGCCAUCUAUCUCCGGUACUGCUACCUUCAACCAAUACUGGUCCAUCCGCAGAAAUACUCGCUCAAGUGGAACCGUAACCACUGCCAACCACUUCAAAGCGUGGGCCUCUCUCGGCAUGAACAUGGGUAGCUUCAACUAUCAGAUUGUCUCCACUGAAGGCUAUCAGAGUAGUGGAUCCUCCACGAUCACUGUUUCUUGA